UUUUCCCUUCAAUUUCAUCAAUGUUUCAUUCGCGACUUCUUUUGGGGAAGAAUUUAAGGAAGCUUUGCGCUGGCAAAGAAAUUCGGUGCACAGGUCUAAUUCAACUCAUCAUUCGCAUUUUCCAAUACUUGAUUUUGUGGAAAAUGUUGUUAUGUUCAGUUUAUGAGGAACGAUUUGUUGAAUUUGCAAAGCAUCAAGUGAAGUGCAAUUUUUCUAUAUGUUGUUAUGUUUAUGGAAUUAAUUUUGAUGAAGAAAAUUCCAUAUCUUAGGCAUUCCGUUAAUGUUGAUGAUAUGUUCGUGUAUGUGGAACAAUUUUUUGCAUUCUUCAUUACAUCAAAUGAAGUGCAUUUUAUUUAUUUUUGUAUUAGUAUUGAUUCUAUCACUGUAUUCAUCCAAAGUUGGUGUAUCUCGUGGCUUGUAUUGCUAACGCUGAUAAAUGGUUUUGGUUCCAGCAAAAAUUGACAAACCAUAUGAAACUAUUGGACUUGGUAUUAAUGAGAAAAAAUUGAAAUUGGGGAAUUACUAAGUUCUAACUUCCAAAAAAUAUAGGUUUUUUUUGGACGGAUGGAGUGAUAAAUUGCUUGAUUGUCAUGGGAAAUUAUUUGAUUCAUUCUUCCAGUUUGAUAUUUAUACUUUUUAAUUUUAAGUAUUUCUUCAAAUUUAGAUCUCUUAUGAUUGGAUUUUACUAUCCUGUGAUCUAUAUGUAGGCAUGUUCUAUUAAUCUUGUUAUCUCUGGCUACUAUAUCUUUUAAUACUAGAAAAUUUGAUCCUCAUUUCUCCCCUUUGCAGCUUUCCACAAUGCCCAUUCCAAGCGAACUGUUCCCUGCAGAAGGCAAGCUGUCUCUUCGCUGUUUAUAUGUGUGUGUUUGUUUUUUCUACGAGAUUAUCUAGCGUGCAUGGAGAGAAGCCAUCAGCGGAGUAUGCCAAGUUGAGGAAGGAAUCACUUGAAAGUGAAUUCGGAAAUGCACUUACUUCUAGGUCCAAACGUCUCUCCAUGUACUUCAGUUUUGGUCCAUUCUUGGCAUUGUAUAGAGCAGCAUAUAUUUCGUACGAGGUGUUCAAGCUUACUUUGGGGCAUUUUUUUGUUCACGACAUUAAAAAGCGUUCAGAAAAGUUUUGUGAUACCCUCAUCCGAUUGGGUCCUUUUUAUAUUAAGCUUGGACAGGCUCUCAGCACAAGACCAGAUAUAUUACCUUCUGUAUAUUGUAAUGAACUUGCUAAACUACAGGAUCAAAUACCCCCAUUUCCAACUAAGGUUGCCAUUCGUUCUAUUGAAUCUCAGUUGGGUGUUCCUAUUUCACAAAUUUUUUCAGACAUCAGCCCAGAGCCUGUUGCUGCAGCAUCUUUAGGACAAGUGUAUAAAGCUCAUCUGCAUACAGGGGAGCUAGUAGCUGUAAAAGUUCAAAGGCCUGGUAUGUCACUUUCUUUGACCCUCGAUGCCUUGUUAUUUAACAUGAUUGGGGGCCAAUUAAAGCGAUUUGCCAAAGCAAGGAAGGAUAUAAUAGUAGCAGUUAAUGAAACGGUCAGGCACAUGUUUGAAGAAAUUGAUUACAUUCUUGAGGGACAAAAUGCUGAGCGAUUUGCUUCUCUCUAUGGUUUCAGCUCCUCUCAACAGGAAAAAACCUACCCAAAGGAAAACUGCGUUAAAGUUCCAAAGAUAUACUGGAACUUUACCCGAAGAGCUGUGCUUACAAUGGAAUGGAUUGAUGGUAUUAAGCUUAAUGAUGAAGCUGCAUUGAAGAAGGCCUCUUUAAACCGAAAAGAACUAAUAGAUAGGGGGUUGUACUGCUCCUUGAUGCAAUUACUUGAGGUGGGGUUUUUCCAUGCUGAUCCUCAUCCCGGAAACCUUGUUGCUACCAAGGAGGGGGCUCUUGCUUACUUCGACUUUGGGAUGAUGGGGGAUAUACCGCGCCACUACCGUGUUGGACUUAUCCAAGUGCUUGUACACUUCGUCAAUCGGGACUCUCUGGGUUUGGCCAAUGAUUUUCUCAUGCUGGGAUUUAUUCCUGAAGGGGUUGAUAUGCUGGCAGUUUCGGAUGCACUUAAAGCAUCCUUUGGUGAUGGCACCAGACAAUCCCAAGAUUUCCAGGCGAUAAUGAACCAACUUUAUGAUGUUAUGUAUGAGUUCAACUUCUCUCUUCCGCCGGAUUAUGCCUUGGUGAUAAGAGCACUGGGAUCACUUGAAGGGACAGCAAAAACAUUGGAUCCAGAAUUCAAAGUUGUCGAAAGUGCAUACCCUUUCGUCAUUGGAAGACUACUAGCAGACCCCAGUCCUGACAUGAGGAAAAUAUUGAGAGAACUCCUUAUCCGUAAUGAUGGUUCCAUAAGAUGGAAUCGGCUAGAACGGCUGGUAGCAGCGAUAUCCGAGCAGCCCUCUGAGACAGAUGGGGAAGUUGACGAUACUCAUAAAUCAUCUUCAAAUCCACUGGAGUGGAAGUCGUUUGACAUGCAUGCUGUUGUUUCUGCUACGGAAGAUCUUUUCAAGUUUAUCUUGUCCGAGAAGGGUUUCAGGGUUCGUCUUUUUAUCGUUCGUGAUAUAGUAAAAGUGGCAGAUAUUUUUCUUCAGGAUGAAGUUACUUCUUCCAUGUUCGAUGAGAACCAACCAAGACAGACGGUGGAAUCCGAGGGGGAAGCUACUCUCAAAAGGGUGGUUAACGGAUUCGGGUACUUUUGGCAAGCUGUGAAAUUAGCACCCGAUGUAUGGGCGGCUAUGCUAAUUCGCAUGGCAUUGAACCCAGAGGUUCACAGAUUUUAUUACGACAUCAUUUCCGCUUUGUUCAUGCAUUCUAGCCGCAGAGUUCCGGACACAUUCUGGAUUUCGGUAUCCAGGCUUCUGCACAAAUUGGUGAAACUUAGGAAUUCCAGUUAUUAAGCUUUUUACAUCAUCAUAACUUCAAAGGGGAAAUUCACAUAUGCAUACAACUCUUAUGGUAAAUUGUAUAGGAAUCAUUUGACCAUUGUGACCCUAGAAAUGGAUUUUGUUGAAGAGGUGAUUAGAGAGAUUGAUGGCUAUUUAGUCAUUUGAAACAAUCUUGUGUUUUAGAAGAAAUACGAAGAGGGAUAAUAAGGUUGUAAAAUUUGAUUUUGUAACCAAUGAAACGACUCCUAUAUAUAGGGUAAUUUACAUGUGAAUCUUGUGCAUUAAGAGGUUGUACCUCAUGUUUACAAUCUUGUAUUUGGUUGUGUUACAGUUUGUUUAAAGAAAAUACAAAAUAAAAUGAAAGAAUUUAAAUUAUCGGAUUUAAGAAAAAUAAAAAAAAGGUUUUUUUUCUUGUUCGAACGAUCCGAUUAAAACAAUGGUGAAACCGUAGAAAUGGCAAAAACCGGUCGAGGGCCGGGCUGGGUCCAAAUUGGUC